CUCGCUCUCUCGCUUCAAAGUUUCGCUUUCUCUAAUCGAUGAGGCUCUACGUCUACAUACUACAAGCGAAAGAUUUGCCGGCGAAAGAGACGUUCGCGAAGCUUCACGUUGGGAAACACAAGUCUAAGACGAGAGUCGCGAGAGACACUUCUUCACCGAUCUGGAAUGAGGAAUUCGUUUUCAGGAUCAGUACCGAUGUCGUCGACGAAGGCGACGACGUCGUUGUUUCGAUUCUUCACCACGAGCUGGAUCGUUACUCUAAUGUUUCGACCGGAUUGAUUGGUAAAGUUAGGAUUCCUCUUCGUUCCGUUGCUGCUGAAGAGAAUCAAACUCUCUUGCCUACUUGGUUUGUGAUUGAGAAGCCUAGUGAUGGCAAGCUUGUUAACAUUGAAUGUGGGAAAAUUCUUCUCAGUUUGUCUUUGCAAGGGAAGUGGGAAAGUAACUCUGGUGAAAAAGUCCAAAAUGAUAAGCAGGAUAUCAUGUUGGAAGGUGUCAAAGAACUCGAAGGAUCUCCUAAAGAUCUGAGUUCCUCCAAAGAUGGGAAAAAGCGUAAACACCACCAUGAUGGGAAGCACAUAAUGAAGAAUUUUGUCAACCAGAUUGACAAGCUUUUUCAUAAGAAAGAGGAAAUUUCUAAAAGACUCCAUGACGACUCAUCAGGAGGGCAAGGCAUAACCUCGAAUUAUGAGGAUGCCACAGACAAAUCUUCUUGCUCUGCUACGUGUACUAGCUUUGAGGAAGGUCUUGACCUGAUGCAGUCUAGUGACAGUGAAAAGGAAGAAAUGCCUGAGAAUCUUACAGGGGGAGUUCUUGUUGAUCAGAAAUAUUUAGUCUCGCCCUGCAAUCUUAACAAAUUUCUUUUCGCACCAAGUUCGGAAUUUAGGAAAGAGGUAGCUGAACUUCAAGGGUUAUCAGAUGUACAGGAAGGGCCUUGGACAAUGAUGCAAGAAGAUACUCCUCAUCUAACUCGGGUUGUUACAUACAUGAGGGCUGCAACAAAAAUGGUCAAAGCGGUUAAAGCAACGGAGAAUCAAAUUUAUCGGAAAGCAAAUGGGAAAGAAUUUGCUGUUUUUGUUAGUGUAAGUACUCCAGAUGUUCCCUAUGGAAGUACUUUUAAAGUAGAGUUGCUUUACAAGAUACUACCUGAAACAGAGCCAACUGCUGGUGGGGAAUCUUCUCGACUGAUCAUAUCAUGGGGAAUUCAAUUCAAUCAAAGUACUAUAAUGAAAGGUAUGAUCGAAGGAGGUGCUAAGCAAGGGCUGAGAGAGAGCUUUGAACAAUUUUCUGAUCUCCUGGCUAAGACUUACAAAACUCUAGAUCCUGCUGUUGUAUUGGACAAAGACCAGGUUAUAGCAACAGUGCAGUCAGAACAAAAGACUGAUUUGAAAUCAGCUUUUCUAUACUUCUGGAGUUCUUCUGUCAUCUGUGCUGUUCUUUUGUCUAUAUAUGUUGUAGUGCAUAUUCUGCACUGUGAGCCCAGCAAAAUCCAAGGUCUUGAAUUCUAUGGGCUUGAUUUACCUGAUAGUUUUGGAGAGCUAUUCAGUAGUGGAAUGCUAGUUCUUCUUCUGGAGCGUGUGUAUAUGAUGACUGUGCAUUUUAUACAAGCUAGAUUGCAUCGAGGAAGAGAUCAUGGAGUCAAAUCAAAUGGCAAAGGAUGGAUUCUGACAAUAGCUUUAAUCAAAGGCACAAAUUUGGCUUCAGUGGAAGCAACAGAGCUCUUUGAUCCCUAUGUUAUUUUCACUUGCAAUGGGAAAACAAGAACAAGCUCUGUCAAACUUCAAGCCCAGGAUCCUCAGUGGAAUGAGGUAAUCGAGUUUGAUGCAAUGGAGGAACCACCAUCAGUAUUAGAUGUGGAGGUAUUUGAUUUUGAUGGUCCAUUUGAUCAGGGUGCCUCUCUUGGUCAUGCAGAGAUCAAUUUCUUUAAACAUACAGCCGAUGAACUUGCGGACUUGUGUGUUCCUUUAGUUGGUCAUCAUGCUCAAGCGUCUCAGUCGAAGUUACAGUUGAGAAUUUUUUUGGAAAACAAGAACGGGGUUGAAACAAUGAAAGAUUACUUGAGUAAGGUGGAAAAGGAAGUAGGCAAGAAGUUAAACAUUCGGUCACCACAGAAGAACUGUGCUUUCCAGAAACUGUUUGGUUUGCCCCAUGAAGAAUUUCUUCUCAAAGAAUAUACUUGUUACUUGAAGAGAAAACUUCCUGUGCAGGGAAAGCUCUAUCUGUCUGCUAGAAUUGUGGCGUUCUACUCAAAUGUAUUUGGACACAAGACAAAAUUUUACUUCCUCUGGGAAGAUAUUGAUGACAUCCAAGUGCUUCCCCCAACUUUUGCUUCCUUAGGAAGCCCUUUGCUACUCAUUAUUCUAAAAAAGAACCGAGGUCUUGAUGCAAAACAUGGGGCUAAAUCUCUGGAUGAUGAAGGAAGACUUUGGUUCUAUUUUCAGUCUUUUGUGUCAUUUGAUGCGACUAGCAGGACAAUCAUGGCUUUGUGGAAAACGAGAACGUUAAGUGUAGAUCACAGAGCACAAAUAGCAGAAGAAGAACAAGAUGUGUCAGAUCCCUUCCUUUUGCCUGAAGAUGUUGCAGUUGUUUCAGAUUCGGAUGCAUUAAAGAUGUCAAAAGUGUACACGCGUGAUCUACCUUGCGAUGUGGAAUUGGUAAUGAAGAUCUUUGGUGGCGGAGAACUGGAGCGUAAGAUCAUGGAGAAAUCUGGAUGUUUGAAUUACGCAAGUACAACUUGGGAAUCUAAGAACCCGGGGGUCUACGAAAGACGGCUUUCUUACAAAUAUAAUCACUAUGUGUCUGUGUUUGGAGGCGGAGUCACAUGCGCACAACAGAAAUCUCUAGCUCCAAGUGAUGAAGGUUGGAUCUUGAAUGAGAUUGUGGCUCUCCAUGAUGUUCCAUUCGGAGACCAUUUUCGCGUUCAUCUAAGGUAUGAGGUGAAAAAAGCAGGAGUUGAUUGUAAAACAAGUAAAUGCGAUGUGUAUCUGAAGAUCAGGUGGCUCAAAACUAUAAAGUUCGAACAGAGGAUUAGCAAAAGUAUAAUGGAGAAAUUUAGGACUCGAUUAAAUGUCAUAUUUGAUUUGUUCCAGAAAGAGUCUGUAGCAAAUUCAUCUUUGACACUUCUCUGACUAAUAAAAAAACUAUACUUGUUUCUUUACA